CCACUUGAUCAUGUUAUAUAUAGUUAGUCCCAUGUUACUAGGAAUAAUAAGCCAACUCUUCCAUUAUCACCGCCUAGUUGUCUCUUCAACUUCCUUAGAUUCACUUCAAUCUCCUUUGUCUUCAUCUAUCCAUUAGCCUCUAAAACUAGACAGGAAUCUUUUGUGUCAAGACAGAACAGAUAGAUCUGCAGUGCUGUUCAUUUGACUAACACAGUCAUCAAACACACAACCAAUAAAAUAAUAAUAUUAUUAUAAAGUGUGAACAAAAGUUUCCAUUGUAGGCAUGCAGAUUCUUCAAUGGCUCUUUAAAAGGGAACAAGAACAAGAAAGAAAGAAAAGCACCUUCAAUGAAAAAUAUGAUAAAGUGAAAGAGAUUAAUGUACUAAAGAAUAAUGGUUCAUAUAAAAGGACAAGGAGAUUCUUAUGUAACAAACAUGGCUACAAGAAUUUGAAGAUAUUCUCUUUUCUACAUAGAAAAGACAUUCCAAAGGCUUGGUUUUUGAGAACUCUCAACUUAAGGAGAAUAGGCUUUAAUAGAAGACAUUUUGUUUACUCAAUGAAAACAAAGAAAGACGAAUCGUCUCAAGAGGAAGCGAUCGUUAACAAGACGGACUCGACGACUCAUGCAGGGAACAAAGUCUUGCCUAUAACUCAUGAGACACCAUUGUCAUCUUCAGCUGAAACUAAAAAGAAGCCUAUUUCUAGAAUGAAAGAGUUGCUUAGAUGGGCUGCUUCUGCUAAAACAGAUAAAGGAGGAAAAUUCUAUGGAAGAAAGGUUUUGAUAAUGCUGCGAAGGCGCGGAAACAUGAAAGCAGUUCAAGAUGAGGAUGAAGGUUUGAAUGAUUCACCAAAGAUCAGUUUCAGAUGGGAUGUAGAAAGCUGCUCCACCACUUCUUCUGCAUACUCAGCUUUCUCAAUGGCUUCUUCAACAAGAAAUGGAGAGAAGAAAGUUGCAACUUCCACUAUAUCACUCCCUCCUUCAGAAAGUGGCUACACCCCUAGUAGAAAAGGAAGCUGGAUCACCACAGAUUCUGAAUUUGUGGUGUUGGAGCUAUGAAAUAAAUGUGUCUACAGAAGAUUAUGUCAUUUGUGGUUAAAGGGUAGCAAGCAAUCUAUGUCACAAGUUAAUGCUCUAAAGUAUAUGAGUGGUUGUUCAUGGCUAAUUUCUAUUUGAUAUUUUGUAACAAAUUUAUGUAAGUAGUUAAUGAUCUGAAUGUUCUAGAUGAGAAUGUUUGCAUCUACAUUAUUAGAGGUAUAAAUUAAUUUAGUACUUCAUGACUAAGCUAAUUAAUUAAAUGUAAGAGAUGGGUUUACAUGUCACUAUAGGACCACUUCCUUUAAUCUCUA